UACAACAGCUUGCUUAAACUGACGGAAACAGAUUUUUCUGGCCUGGAGAGACUAGAGUUACUGAUGCUGCACAGCAAUGAGAUAAAUACAAUCCCUGAUAAAGUGUUCAGUGAUUUACAUUCAUUACAGGUUUUAAAGAUGAGUUAUAACAAGGUCAGAGUACUUCAGCAAGAUGUUUUUUAUGGUCUAAAGAGCUUGGUACAGUUGCAUAUGGACCACAAUAAAAUUGAAUUUGUAAAUCCCAACGUUUUCUACGGACUCACAUCACUGAGGUUGGUUCACUUGGAAGGAAAUUUACUUAAGCAGCUUCAUCCAGAUACUUUUGUUACCUUGCGCUAUAGCCAAAUAUUUAAAAUAUCCUUCAUGAAGCACAUACAUUUGUCUGACAAUGCCUUGACGUCACUACCACAAGAAAUGUUUUCCUACAUGUCUGAGCUAGAGAGCAUUUACCUUCAUGGAAACCCGUGGUCCUGUGACUGCACUCUACAGUGGUUUGCAGAAUGGGCAAGAGAGAGACCAGAUGUUAUAAAGUGCAAAAAAGACAGAAGUUCUGGUGCUCAGCAAAGCCCAGUUUGUGCUAGUCCCAAAAAUCAUAAAGGGAAAAGCUUAGUGGAUAUUCCUUCUGCAUCUUUAACCUGCAGUAAGCCAACCAUACAUGACUCCCUGAAAUUCAAAAACCUCAUGGUGCCAGAUGAUGGGGAUUUCAGUUCUGUAUCUCCCAGGGACUUCAUAGCUCCUAUAGGAUCCGCGGUUUUGAACAUGACUGACCAAGCAGGAAGUCGAGGUAACUUGGUUUGCAACAUCCAAAAACCUAAAGAAAUGUCUCCCAUCUCAUUUGACAAAGAUGGCAACAAUACAGUACUCAAAACAUCAUUCUCAGCAUUUCUUGUCUGUGGCAUUGAUUACGAACAUAUUCAGCAGCUAUGGAGCAUACUGGCACUGUACAGUAAUUCUCCCUUAAAACUGGAAAGGAAUGUCCUAGCAACAAACACACCUUUUAUUAGUUACAAAUAUAAACAAAUCUACUCUGAAAAAGAUGAACUUUUUACCAAUAUAGAGACGGAACUGAGAGCUGAACCAUCUUGGUUAAUGCAAAGCAAAGUGGCAUUACAGCUAGACAGGAUGGCAACCACACUAAGCACGUUGCACAUCCAGUACUUUACAGAUGCUAAGAUUAUUUUGCCCAGUGCUGACAAAAACCAGGCGAGAAAUAACUGGACCAUCAUCUCCAGGGACAACAAAACACAAACGGAGCACACUGUUUUAGUCGGGGGGACCGUAGAACUAGAGUGCCAAGCAAUCGGAGAACCAGCUCCUGCAGUAGAGUGGAUAUUGGCUGAUGGAAGCAAAGUCAGAGCCCCUUACAUCAGCGAGGAUGGAAGAAUCGUAGUAGUUAAAACUGGAACGUUCACAUUACGGACAGCUGAUACUUUUGACAGUGGGCUUUAUCACUGCAUAGGCACAAAUUACAACGAUGCAGAUACUCUCACAUUUAGAAUUACCGUGGUCGAUCCUUAUGUGGAACACAAUAGUGUAAACGGAGCCCAACUUUCUACAUUUGUUGGCGGCACACUCUACCUUCCCUGUACAUCCACUGCUGUUCCAGAUGCUGUCAUUAGCUGGGUGUUACCCGAGCAUGUGAUUCUUCACCAUUCUGUAAGAAACAAACAUAUUUUUGACAAUGGUACCUUGAGAAUACAAGGGGUGACAGAGAGAGACAGUGGCUACUUUAGAUGCGUUGCAGCCAACCAGUAUGGUGUUGAUCUUCUGGUUUUCCACGUGCUAGUUAGAAAGGAUGAAAACACACUAAAGAAAAAGCAUGCAGCUGUGGGAGAAUGGGAAGAGGGCGGUGGCUCUGGCAAUGCAAUGCUGGCCUCUGCUACAACACAGCAACAUCCUUUAGCUACUCUAGCUACCUUGACCGCUCAUCAGGAAUCUGCUGCCUCAGCGUCCAGAAAUCGGGUCGUACAGACUGCGCAUAAAAGGAACAGCUACGGGAGAAUAACUCACAGGCAUUACAGGGACAAAAUAAGAAGGCGGUUUAGAGGACACAGAAGACAGUUUGUUUCCUCAGCCAGGAGAGUCGAUCCGCAGCGCUGGGCAGCCUUUUUGGAAAAAACAAAGAGGAACUCGACACUGAUAGAAAAACAAGAAGUUGCAACACACCCACCCGUUCAAGUCCGUAAGUUCUCAGAAGCUCCUGGGGAUGAGGAGGAAACUUCUGGUGAUCUUGCAUCUCCAGAGGAAGAAUUCAUGAUACCAGUAAGAGAGACAGCCACCGUAUCUACUCUGGGGAGCUUGAUAACUGCAGGGCCUGAGACGACCGCGAAGGCAGUAACUCCCCUACCUGCUCCUUUUUCACUGUCUGUGUCAUCUGACAGCAGAAGGCCACAAACAUAUCUAAACCCUACAAUUGCGAACUCAUGGGAAAGGUCUGGUUUAAGUCAAAUAUCAGCAAAUGGUAUAAAACAAUCAACUGUAUCAAAUGGAACAAGUAAAACAUCUACACACUUCCCUGCUGGGCAAAGGUUGGUACAUUCUGGGGAAAGUAAUAACCAGCAACUAAAAUCUGUAUCUACGACACCCGUGACAGAUGUUAUAGACACAAGCAAGUCUGUACCUUCCCAAAAUGCAGCGGACAAACUAGAUGUUUUUACUGAGCCUAUAGAUAUGAUUUCCAGCCAAACAGAUCAUCAGACACCUGCAGUGACAGUCCGUGAACCAAGCCCUGAAUUCGGACACAUUUAUUUUCAUAGUCCUCAGAAACAAGUAACUCCUAAACCACCCCUGGCCUCAACUAUCACUACUCAUCAGCAAAUUCAGAUUAUUCAGGAUCCUAUAACUGAUACACCCCAGGCCCAGCAUCAAUAUGGGAGACAAAAGAAAGUUUCUGGCAGGAGACGACUUGUUAGACCAGGACGUAUUCCAAGUAUGAAAGAGCACAGAUACAAUUUUGGGAGGCCAGGAUCUGUCACAGGAAGUACAGCUGUGGCUGCAGAUCUUCAACGGAAUAUGAAAUACAUAACAAAUUUACCAACCGUAAAUAAUUUAAGCAGCUCCAUCAACCCAUUUAGCCCAGAAGCACCUCUGUCCUCCCCCUCUACCAUGAAUAUGCCGUUGGAGCACACAGCGGGUACUCCUGAAAACGCAGCAUUCCUCAGGGAAAAUGAUGCAAGGCAAAAAGCUACUACAACAGCCAUGCCUUUCAUUACAAAGGGCACCCAAGAUACUCCUCCAUGGAAACUGGAGAGCAGUGCUCCAUUUCAGACAAAUGCUGAUAGACUCCAGCCUUUCAGCACCAGGCUACCGACAACGGCGAUCCUGCCAGUUGAUCUUGAUGCAGAAAUUACACAUACCAUAAGCACUAAGAUACCUUCAACCCUUGAAUCAGUCUCACCCAGCAUUAAGCCUAGUACCUUGCCAAAAAAUUCCCAAAGAGGAGAAAUUACUUGGGAGCAACUCUACGGAAAUGGUGCACAAAAAGAGGUUCUGAAGAAGCUACCACAACAACAGAUAGAUAUGCUUCCAUCAACAGAGGUAUCGACGGUGCUUCCUAAAACUACGGCAGCAUUAUCGAUGUCCAAAAUGCCGCUUUUGCACCUCACACCUGUUUCAACAGGUGGGAAUCACAGCAGUGGUUUCUUGUCUUUAAACAAACCCAUUCGUUAUGGCAACGGUAAGUCAGAAGAACAUCUUGCCACUGCAAAACCGCAUUCUUACUCUCAUAUUGCAACUAGUGCGACCAAAGAAAUGGACGUAGCGAGUGUGAAGCCAACAGUUAUACCUAUUUAUACGCCUCAAACUGACACCAAAAUCACUAAAAGUAAAAUAUUCAGAGGGGGAAAAAAGAGAGGUCAGAGGAGGAAGAGGCCCCCUAAAACAUCUACUUCACAAAGUGUGACUGCAGGCCAUGGCACUGCAGCAAUUCCAGCGGUGAAUACAGCCACGCCUGUUGUGACAACAGUGACAUCAUUAACUACACCUACAAGGCUUCUGCCUGCAAACCCUCUCUCUGAGAGUGCAAGCGCAGUCUCCGCGACAGGAAAGCCAGCGCUGUGGAUCCUUACCACGCCGGACGCACCUCAGCGUGUGCCGACAGCGGCCACGCAGACACCGGCAACCGCUGUCGCACGGAGGAGCAGCCAGCCAGCCGCGUCACCACCCGGCAGUCGUACUGCUGAGCACCCUACCACACCAACGCCGACCACACCACGGCUUCCAAACCCUUUCGGCGCCACACGCGCACGACUUGCCACAGUCUGUGCAACACCUGGGUCAGAACCUGCUCCGCAGAGCAAAGCCGCCGCAGCGGCAGGUGAAAAAUCACACCCGAAAAUGGAAGAGAGAGUUAUCCAAGAAAACCACGUAGCACAGCCCACAUUCCCAGCAAGGACCAGUGCUCCUGCUGCGACCAGAGACAUCGCUCCUCCCAGCGCACAGCAUCCUGCCCGGCUGCCAGCCCUGACAGCGGCUGUGCCCCCGGCACCUCCUGCGAGACCCACCUCGCCUCCGGGGGGGGAAAUCAAAUUCUGGCAGAAGCCCUCUGCUAAAGUCCCAGGCAGAGGCGACGCGUUAACUGUCAAUACACCGACCCUACUGAAGUCAUCACCCAUCGCGACGCCGAAUGCUCCUCUGUGGGGAAGGGACAAGGCCGGUUCUGCCAAAGGCUGGUCUGAAAAGAGACGAGAUCAAGAAACCACCACCAACAAUCCUAUAGCCUUGGACUCUUUAGGCAGAAAUCAUUUCACAAAGCCCAGAAUAAUUGGAGGAAAAUUAGCUGCUUUUACGGUGCUAGCCAAUUCAGACGCUUUUAUUCCUUGUGAAGCUACUGGCAACCCCCGUCCAACAAUACAGUGGACCAAGAUCCCAUCAGGGACCGAUGCUCUGGAAAGCCGAGGCGACGGCAGAUGGAUGGUGUUUGCCAACGGCACGCUCUCCAUCGCCCGGGCUGGCCUGGAGGACCGCGGGCAGUACCUGUGCACCGCGGCCAACCCGCACGGCGCGGCACGGCUCCUGGUCACCUUGUCGGUGGUGGCCUACCCGCCCCGCAUCACCGGUGGCAGGUGGCAGCUCCUCACCGCUCACUCCGGAAAGCCCGUGGCACUCAAGUGCACAGCUGAGGGCAGGCCUCCUCCCACCGUCUCGUGGGUUCUAGCAAAUAAAACGCAUGUCUCCGACUCUUCCGCGGGAAACAGCAAAGUUCAUGUGGAACCAGACGGCACUUUAAUUAUCAAGGAAGUCAGUGUUUACGACAGGGGCCUCUACACAUGCCUGGCUAAAAACCCAGCGGGCACCGACACGCUGGUUGUAAAACUGCAGGUCAUUGCGGCACCUCCCGCUAUUCUGGAAGAGAAGAGACAACGUGUUGAAGGAAUGAUGGGGGAAAAUCUGAAACUCCCUUGCACUGUGAAAGGGAAUCCUCAGCCCACUGUCCACUGGGUCCUCUUUGACGGCACGGUGGUGAAACCUCUGCAGUUUGUAAACGCAAAGCUGUUCCUGUUCUCCAACGGUACCCUCCACCUCAGCAGCGUCGCCCCUUCUGACAGCGGGAAUUACGAGUGCAUAGCCACAAGCUCGACGGGCUCGGAAAGGAGGGUGGUGAGCCUCGUGGUGGAACAUCGAGAUACACUUCCAAAAAUAGCUACUGCCUCCCAAGAAAUGACUCAGUUGAAUUUUGGGGAUAAGUUGCUUCUGAACUGCACAGCGACUGGGGAGCCAAAGCCCAGGAUCAUCUGGAGGUUACCCUCCAGGGCCGUUGUUGACCAGUGGCACAGAAUGGGAAGCCGAAUCCACGUCUACCCCAAUGGAUCCUUGGUUAUUGAGGCAGUUACUGAAAAGGACGCAGGUGACUAUUUGUGUGUUGCAAGAAACAAAAUCGGAGAUGAUCUGAUACUGAUGAAAGUCAGCAUCACAAUGAAACCAGCCAAGAUCGACCGCAAACAGCAUUUCAAGAAACUGGUGCUGUACGGGGAAGAUCUCAAAGUGGACUGCAAGGCCUCCGGGUCACCCGCACCAGAAAUAUCCUGGAGCUUGCCGGACGGGACAGUCAUCAAUAAUGUGAUGCUGGCAGAUGACAGCGGACGCAGGUCUCGCAGGUACGUCCUCUUUGACAAUGGAACUCUGUAUCUCAACAAAGUCGGAGUAACAGAAGGAGGAGAUUAUACCUGCUACGCUCAAAACACACUGGGAAGAGAUGAAAUGAAGAUACGCAUCACGGUCGUCAUGGCAGCCCCUCAGAUAAAGCACAAUUACAAAACAUACAUUAAAGUGAAAGCUGGAGAUACGGCAUUGCUGGACUGUGAAGCUGUUGGAGAACCCAAGCCAAAACUAUUCUGGUUGCUGCCUUCCAGUGACAUGAUCUCCUCGUCAACAGACAGACACCUCCUGCACAUCAAUGGUUCUCUGUCAGUCAGUCAAGUCAAACUGUUAGAUGCCGGGGAGUAUAUGUGUGUUGCUCGUAAUCCUGGAGGGGAUGAUACAAAAUUGUAUAAACUGGAUGUUGUUGCUAAACCACCCAUCAUAAACGGUUUGUACGUGAACAAAACGAUCAUGAAAGUGACAGCAGUGCGGCAUUCAAAGAAACAAAUUGAUUGUAGGGCAGAGGGGACGCCUCCCCCUCAGAUUAUGUGGAUCAUGCCUGAUAAUGUUUUCCUAACAGCUCCAUAUUAUGGGAGCAGGAUUGUAGUACACAAAAAUGGGACACUUGAGAUUCGGAACAUAAGGCCUUCUGACACAGCAGAUUUUAUCUGUGUGGCACGUAACGAUGGAGGAGAGAGUAUGUUGGUGGUGCAGCUGGAGGUAUUAGAAAUGCUAAGGCGACCGAUGUUUAAAAAUCCAUUCAACGAAAGAAUAAUAGCAAAACCUGGAAAAACUACCACCUUGAAUUGUUCUGUGGACGGAAACCCUCCACCUGACAUAAGCUGGAUGCUGCCUAAUGGCACAUGGUUUGCCAGCGGCAUCGAGACUUCCCAGUUUCUCACAGGAAGCAACGGUACCCUUACCAUCUAUAAUCCUGAUGGAGACAAAGCGGGGAAGUAUCGCUGCGCUGCCAGGAAUAAAGUUGGCUACAUUGAAAAGCUGAUCAUCCUGGAAGUUGGGCGGAAGCCCAGUAUUCUCACUCAGCCGGCGGGGCCAGUGAAGGGCAUUAGCGGGGAGUCGUUAUCGCUCCACUGCCUGUCCGACGGGAGCCCCAAACCGAACACAGCGUGGACUCUGCCAGGUGGCUCCGUGCUGGACCGGCCGCAGAUCAACAGGAAAUACAUCCUGCUGGAAAACGGCACCUUGGUUAUACGAGAAGCCACCGUUCACGACAGGGGAAGUUACGUGUGUAAGGCCCACAACAGUGCCGGGGAUUCCUCUGUAACUGUUCCUGUGGUGAUUGUAGCCUAUCCCCCGAGGAUUAUGAGCAGACCGCCGCAGACCAUACACACGAUGCCUGGUGCAGCAGUUCAGCUCCACUGCAUAGCACUGGGAAUACCCAAACCAGAAAUUACCUGGGAAUUACCUGACCACUCAGUACUCUCUACUGGUAACCAAGGCCGAGCACCUGGGAGCGAACUGCUUCGCCCGCCGGGGACAUUACUCAUCCCGAAUCCCCGACCCUCAGAUUCUGGCGCGUACAAGUGCACAGCAAAGAACCAUCUUGGCAGCGAUUUCACAGUAACAUACAUUCACGUCAUCUGA